AUGGCUGAGCAAGGCUCAGCUGGCCCUGAAGGAGGAAGAGGCCAUGCCAUGGAAACUGGGAGUACUGGGGUAUUCUGGGAAAACUCAGUGCAGAAGCUCUUGGGUGAGGUGGACGCCCUUCGCUCAGAGGCGCAGAGCCAGCAGUUCAGGCAGUUCUGCUCCCAGGAGGCCAAAGAACCCCGAGAGGUUUGCAGCCAACUCUACCACCUUUGCCGUCAAUGGCUGAAGCCAGAAAGGCACACGAAAGCUGAGAUGCUGGACCUGGUGAUCUUGGAGCAGUUCCUGGCUGUCCUUCCAGCGGAGAUGGAGAGCUGGGUGAGGGAAUGCGGAGCAGAGACCAGUUCCCAGGCAGUGGCCCUGGCCGAAGGUUUCCUCCUGAGUCGGGCAGAGGAGAGGAAGCAGGCGGAGAAGAAGCAGGUGAGAGAGACUUUCCUCUUAAUUCUCCCAAGGAGCUCCAAAGAGGACGGAGAACAUCCCCAAAUGCUCUACUAAUGGCCCUUCUUUUUUGGAAAGCAUCCAAGGAAAGAUAUCUGAUACACCUAAAGAUUUUGCCUCUGCUGCUACUUCUCUAGCCUUUCUCUACAUUCUCUCCAGUUUUGAAUUCUUGUUGCUCUUUCAGGAAAAGGAUCUGGUUGCAGAAAUGGGCUCCAAUUACUCAGAGGCAGAGAGGACUCCAUUGGACAUCAGAGAGAGUUCACUAGGUAAGGAGGAAGGAGUUUCUUCCCCGUUUGGUCAUUCUGUUGCUUUUGAAAGUAAUCUCUGCGUUCUUUCAAUUUGGGGGAGAAAAACAUUUGGGCCCAAGGGCACAGAAGAGCACAAUAAAACUAUGAUUGGUACAACCAUCAAAAUGUACAUCUCAGAGAAGCAUGCACUCCUGGCUUCCAACUAACCUUUGUCUCUCAGGUGAAAGGAGAAUGCCGGCAAGACCUCCUCACCCGUCUUUUCCUGGUGGUGGAGAGGAAGCAGCAGCUGUAGAAGCAGAUAAGGUAGGAGGGAGGAGCCUUGUGGGGAAAGAGGCUCAGCAGUGGGACAGCCAGGAUUUCUCUGGGAAUGAAGAAAUCCCUCUCUUCCUCUUUGCUUUCCUCAAAGCUGUCCCAAACAAAGGCUGAAAGUGUGAUUCAGUAAAGUCUAUCUGCUGAAAAUAAGGAACAGCCAACUCACCUUAACUAGGCUUCUGCAUGAAUUGGCCUUAGUAAACAUCUUCCAAGACAAUAAUGCCCACUUACACCACAAAGAACUUAUAAUCCACCCCUCCACCCCCCCAAAAAAAUAGCAGAUGGGGUGAGGAGAGAGGAGAUCCUUCCAUUUGUGACCCUUCCAGUCACCUUGUAAUUGUCAAGGAUGUGCCCCAUAAAGAUCCAGACUAAGAUCCAGACUAGACUUCAACGAAUUGUUGGCAGAGUAAACACAAUGCAGGGUCCCAAAAAAUGGACCAGGCGCAGGAGCUUCAUUCAGUAUUAUUUACUGAAGGCAAAUGAGCAUAACUAUUCACGAAUUCAACUCUUUCGGAUUUGCAUAGUACUUAAGAAUCCAGUCGCAAAAUAAAAAUGAUAAUCUUAAACUUAAAAUAAGACUAAGAACUUGGCAAUCAGACAUACUAUGUACAGAUCACCCCACCAGGAAGAAAGAUAGAGAAAGAUGAAGCCCAGGUUUCCUCUGGCCUCUGUUUAUAGGCAGCAUGGCCUUGGGAUAGAAAAAUAACAGGGCCGGCUUCAACCAGCUGUACUCAGCUUCUCUGAAGGAAUAACCCAAAAAUCAGGAACCUUCUGCUUGUUUCCAGGCAGAAUGGAAAAAUUGCUGACCAGCUAGUCACUUGCCACUUGCAGCUUGUAGUAGCUUCUAGCCUGUGAGACCCAGACAAGUUUCCAGAACCUUCUUGAAUCAAUAGAAUAGGAACGAUCUCUGCAUAUGACACCAAUACUUUCUAUACCAAAAAUUGCAAGCCAUGUCAGUGAUACCACCUCCCUCUUACCUAUUCAGAAGCCUUGAAUUUUACCCCAGAUCCUUUUUGGCUGGUCCAAGAUUUAAGACUUGUGUACCAGUUUGUGGUCCAAAAACACCCAGUGGUGGCCAACCCUCAGAGCGCCAUCCCUGCAGGGACCAAGUGGUACAGCCUAGUGGACCUUUGCUCAGCAUUUUUGAGUAUCCCCAUUGCAAAUAACACAACACAGAAAUGAACAGGCAGGAAACCACACCGCAAAGUGUAGUAGAUAAUCUUAAGGCUGCCUUAGAGGAGGACCCUUGUCUUUUUCCUUUCAGGGUCCUCUGUGCUUUGAAGAUGUAGCUGUGCGUUUCACGGAGGAGGAGUGGGCGUUGCUGGAUCCUGACCAGAGAGCUUUGCAUAAGGAAGUCAUGGAGGAGAAUCUUAGGAACAUAUCCUCCCUCGGUAAGGCUCAGGGUUGAAUAAUAAUAUCUGCUUUGAAAUUCCAUUUAUUUCUGAGGUUCUAAUCCAUUUGUUUCUUCAUCGCAGGUGGUGAUGAAUUGGGAAUGAAUAACAGGGGAGAACAUGAAAAAAUCAACACAGUGCAGAAACCACAUAAAUAUGUGGAGUGUGGAGAGAGCUCUAUCACCCUUUCCACUUCUCAUCAAAUAAUUCAUAUAGGGGAGAAACCAUAUCAGUGCUUGAAAUGUGAAAAGAGCUUCAACCGGAAGGGAAGUCUCACUGCCCAUCAGAGAAUUCAUACACUGGAGAAACCAUUUCAAUGUCAAGAGUGUGGAAAGAGCUUCAGUUGGAAGACAAAUCUCACUUCCCAUCAAAGAAUACAUACAGGGGAGAAACCACAUCAGUGCUUGGAAUGUGGAAAGAACUUCUCCCGCAAGGAAAGUCUCAUUUUCCAUCUAAUAAUUCAUACAGGGGAGAAACCCUAUCAAUGUUUGGAAUGUGGAAAGAGCUUCAGUCAAAGGGGCAAUCUCACGUUCCAUCAAAGAAUCCAUACAGGGGAGAAACCCUAUCAAUGUUUGGAAUGUGGAAAGAGCUUCACCCACAAGCAAAGUCUCAAUUCCCAUCAAAGUAUUCAUACGGGGCACAAGCCGUAUCAGUGCCUAGAAUGUGGAAAGCGAUUCGGUCAGAGAUCCUAUCUCACUUCCCAUCAAAGACUUCAUACAGGGGAGAAACCAUAUCAGUGUUUGGAAUGUGGAAAGAGCUUCAAUCAGAGCUCUGGUCUCACAUCCCAUCAAAGAAUUCAUACAGGGGAGAAAUGUUUUCAGUGCUUCAAAUGUGGAAAGAGCUUCAUUCACAAGGCUAGUCUCACUUCCCAUCAAAGAAUUCAUACAGGGGAGAAACCAUAUCAAUGCUUCGAAUGUGGAAAGAACUUCAGAAAAAGUGUCCAUCUGACUUUCCAUAAAAGAAUUCAUACAGGGGAAAAACCAUAUCACUGCUUGGAUUGUGGAAAGAGCUUCAGUAGAAAGGACAAUCUCACUUCCCAUCAAAGAAUCCAUACAGGGGAGAAAUUGUAUCAGUGCUUGGAUUGUGGAAAGAGCUUCAGCAGAAAGGACCAUCUCACUUCCCAUCAAAGAAUUCAUAUGGGGAGAAACCAUAACAGCGCUUGGAAUGUGGAAAGAGCUUCAGAGGACCAAGCCCACUUUCCAUCCCAGAACUCACAGCAGGGAGAAUAG